GUUGUGGUAGGCGGUGUGUUUGUCUGGACGUGUGUGGAUUUCUUGCUACUUUUUUAAAAAAAACUAUUAUUGUUUGAAAGAAGGGAGCUGGUGUUAAACAUGUCAGAGGAUGUCCAGAAGCACUCUGUGCACACGCUGGUCUUCAGGUCUCUUAAAAGGAGCCAUGACAUGUUCGUGUCUGAUCAAGCCAAGCCUGUCGCUCUUGAUGAAACAAGUCACAAGCUGAAGAUGAAUACCAAACUGAGAGCAGAGUAUGGACCUGUAUUGCACAUGCCUGUUCUUAAAGAGGGGAAAAAAGAUAUUCACAACACUGAAGAGCAAUAUGGGAGCGCAGGCUAUGCACUGGCAGAGAGUGAUCAAGAAUACCUCAUUACAGGAACGCAUCCUUACCCAUCUGCACCAGGAGUGGCCCUUACUGCAGAUACUCAGAUGCAGAAGAUGCCCAGCGAAUCUGCAGUACACAGCAUGGCUCUGGCUCUGCCUCCUUCUAAAGCAAGGCAGGACAUGAAUCGCACUGCAGCAGGUGUCAGUGAAAUCCACAUGCACGCUGGUGCAGCAGAGAGAUCCAAACCUCCACAACACACAAUGGCUUUAGCGGAAUCUGGAGGAACAAAGAGCUCUGCCUUGAUUCCACGAAAAGCUCCCACAAUGCCCAAACCACAGUGGCACCCGCCAUGGAAGCUCUACAGGGUGAUCAGUGGCCAUCUGGGUUGGGUCAGAUCUUUAGCAGUGGAGCCUGGAAAUCAGUGGUUUGUUACUGGAUCUGCAGACAGGACCAUAAAGAUUUGGGACUUGGCAAGUGGAAAGCUGAAGCUGUCUUUAACAGGUCAUAUCAGUACAGUGAGAGGAGUGGCAGUGAGUUCACGCAGCCCUUAUUUGUUCUCUUGUGGAGAAGACAAGCAGGUCAAGUGCUGGGACCUUGAAUACAACAAGGUUAUUCGUCACUACCAUGGCCAUCUCAGUGCUGUAUAUGAUCUAGACCUUCAUCCUACUAUUGACGUCCUGGUGACGUGCAGUCGUGAUGCUUCGGCCAGAGUUUGGGACAUAAGAACAAAAGCUAAUGUUCAUACGCUGACUGGUCACACAAACACGGUCGCCACGGUUAAGUGUCAAAGUGCCGAGCCGCAGAUAAUUACAGGUAGCCACGACACCACAAUAAGACUCUGGGAUUUGAUUGCUGGAAAGACGAGAGCCACGCUGACCAAUCACAAGAAGUCUGUUCGAGCACUGGUGCUGCAUCCAAGACAAUACACCUUUGCCUCUGGUUCACCAGACAACAUCAAGCAGUGGAAAUGUCCAGAUGGAAACUUUAUUCAGAAUUUGUCAGGACAUAACGCCAUUAUUAACACACUUGCUGUUAAUUCAGACGGCGUGCUGGUUUCUGGAGCUGACAACGGUACGAUCCACAUGUGGGACUGGAGAACUGGUUAUAAUUUUCAGAGGAUCCACGCAGCUGUGCAACCCGGUUCUCUGGAUAGUGAGUCUGGGAUUUUUGCCUGCAUGUUCGAUCACUCUGAGAGCCGUCUGAUUACAGCCGAGGCAGACAAAACCAUCAAAGUGUAUAGGGAGGACGACACAGCGACCGAGGAAACUCACCCUGUAAACUGGAAGCCGGACAUUCUCAAGAGAAAGAGAUUUUAAAGUCUUCACUAUUUGUUUUUUCUGACUUUUAUUCAAGAGCUUCGGUUUCUGCCUGUAAUUUUUUUAUGGUUUAAUAAUGAUAGUAAUGGAGUUGAAAUGUCCUUUCGUAUACACAGACAAUAGAAAAAUGCUGCCCACUUUUUGUUAGGUCAGUUAAAAUUAAACUUUUGGCUCCAAGUAUUUCAACCUGUUAAAACGUAAAUGCUUUCUUCAUUUGUAAAUAGAUUUUCAAAACGGAUUAAAUCUCUUUUUUAAGCAGGCCAAUAAAACUAUACAGCUGCAGUUGGUUCAACUGCUUUAUAAUGCUGAUCACAGUGUUUAUACUAAACUCAGCAUUAUGUGAAAUAAAGAAACUCAUAAAACACAAAA